GGAGGGUGUCGGACUCAGUCCAUGGUCCUCCUGGUACAUAAUAAAGACCCCUUUUGAAAAAGAAAAAAGGAAGCAACGGAUCUCUUCUUCAACAGGACGGGAGAUGGACAAUAGUAAACGGACUGUGGUGGUUACAGGUUUUGGGCCAUUUGGAGAGCACACUGUCAACUCCAGCUGGGUAGCAGUACAGGAGCUGAAGAAGCUUGGACUGGGUAGUGAAGUGGACUUGCAUGUAUACGAGGUUCCUGUAGAGUACCAGACAGUCCAGAGUUUGGUCCCGUCAUUAUGGAAGCAGUAUCACCCACAGUUGGUAGUUCAUGUUGGAGUCUCAGGUAUGGCCACCACUGUCACGUUGGAGAAGUGUGGCAGAAAUCACGGUUACACGGGUCUGGACAACAGCAGCUUCUGUCCUGAUUCGGCGUGCUGCAUUGUGGGAGGCCCAGACUGUAUCGACUCCGUUAUUGACAUGGAAUCAGUCUGCAAGAGAGUAACCGCCUCCGGGCUGGGAGUAUGUGUGUCUGUCUCCUUAGACGCUGGAAGGUAUCUCUGUGAUUUCACCUAUUACACGUCUCUGUACCUGAGUCACGGCCGCUCUGCCUUCGUCCACGUGCCUCCUCUCGGAAAGCCUUACAGCGGGGAAGACCUGGGCCGUGCGCUGCAGGCGAUUAUCCAGGAGAUGCUGGAGCUCCUGAACCAGGCUGAGAAGAAGAUCCACUGCCAGCAGCACUUCCACUAAGUGACCUCUAGAUACCUACCAGCCUCUCCAGCCCUCACCACGCAAAGAGAUAUUGCACUUAACCACAAGUAGCCAAACCUCUUCUUUUUUUAAUUGUUGUCUUGACUUGGACAUAAUGGAAACUUCAGUGUACAGAAUAUUUUCAGUGUUUGUCUCUCUCUGUCUUGAUGUUUGCUUCUUGUUUUGUUAGGUCUGAUUCGGUUAUUUUUUAGGGUGAUUUCACACCUGCCUUUUUAGUUCGGUUGAAUCGAAAACUGGUUCGAUUACCUCCUUGGUGCGGUUCUUUUGGGCAGGUGUUAACACGUGGGUGUGGACCAAAACAACUGGACUGAGACCUUGUCAAAGAGGUACAUUAAGUUCGGUUACAAAAGAGCUCUGGUACGGUUCAUUUGUGGUAUGAAUGUGAUCCGUCCUAGAUCCGACCCAACUGCAGGAAGCAUUGCGCAUUUUGUGGAUCAAACUAGUUUCUCUCACCAGCUGCACUGCGCAUUAUGCUCCCUUUUUCUCUUCUUUGCAUAACAUGAAGCAACACAUUGUACUCUAGAAGUUACACAUUGAAGUGUUUCACGUGUGCCAUUCUGCUUAUAUAUUUGGCCCAGACGACUAAGCUGAAUUAUCCAUAUAUCACAUUGGAUGAUGUAUGGAUAAUUGGCACCAGCCAAUUUGCCAUGCUGGGGGUGCACCAAUGUGAAAAAAAUGAAAAACCUAUUUAGUUUUUUUGGGGUUUUUUUGUCAGAAACUGCAGAUACACUAUUUACGAAACACAUGAUUAAUUUUUUAUUUAUCAUUGUUCUUAUUAAUAAGAAUAUGAAUAAGAAAACACUUGAAAAGUAGCCGCUGCUCUGCAUCUUUCUGCAGCAUGGAGGCGAGGAGAGGAGAGAGAGAUGCUGUUUAUUUCAGUAAUAACAGUAGUGCACUUAAUUGCUGAUAGAGAAUAUCUUCAAAGAUCAUUGUACUAACCAAGGCUUCUGUGUGGCACAAGUACACCUUCGUAUCCGUCCAUACAUUUGUUUUAUUUUCUGUCUUUUUUAAAUGUUGUAGCCAAUCUGCUGUUCCCGGAAAAACAAACUCUCCUUUCUCCGUCCUCCAACCUCGUGAGAUUUCUGACCAAUAAAUGGAGUGACAGAUCCCACGCGGCUUUUGUUCAUACAUUUUGGCUCACUUGAAAUGUUGCUGUGUGAAACCAAACCGAACCAAAGAUGAUUGGGACAGAAGCGAAGGUGUGAAAACGACUUUGAUGUCUCCCAACGGUGAGAAGAUAAAAUGGGAGUCUCAAGUCCAAGUUCACAUUGUAGAAUAAACUUGUCCCGCUUCAAGGAACAUUAAACUUGUUUUUUGGAGUUAAAAAUAGCAAAAAGAUUUUCACGUACAGCUACUGCAGAGGGUCUGGAUGUGGUGGAUAUUUCAUACUAAAACCCCAAAUGUGACUUCUAUUGUUGCACCUUAUAGGGUUAGGGUUACUGAAAUGGUUAUAGAAGUCACAUUUGGGGAAACUGUUGAAUGUCUUUAAUUUCUUUGAGUUUCACUGAGCUUCACCACUGGAUUUAUUAUCAAACCUCCCAAUGUUUUUAUUUCUGUUGAUGUAACUUUAAUUCACAAUAUGUUGCAGUCAUCAGAUUAUCAGGGUGUUUGCACCUGAAUGUCUUUAAAUGAUUAAUGUACAUGAUACAUUAUGGUUUAUGUAGUAAUUAUGUAGCAGUAACUGUUUGUUCAUUUCAGUUUCCUUCAGAUAUUAUUUUCCCAGCUGCUUUAAAACCUAACUGUGCUGUUUUAUGUUUGAUGAUUAAUUGUUUUGUGAGUCUUUUUUCUUUAUAAGAAGUUGUGAAUUUUGCCUUCUUUUACAAAGGUGAUUUAAAUCAGGGAACGGGUUGGUUCCAGCUCAUAUUCCCCCAUUUUGUUGGCCCAAUCCUGACAUGAAACCACAAAUCCACCCCUCUGAGAUCUGGCCCCAGGCUGUGCAAUAUUAUUUUACAGAUCUCAGGUUCGUUGAUAUGGGUAAUUCAUGUUAUAUUUUAUUGAGGCUACACAAUUAUUUGAGAAAAUAUACAGAAAGUCUCAGAUAGCAUGAAACAGAAGAUCUUCUGUUUCAACCCUUAAAAACAAAGCUCAUAUACAUACAACAAUAUCUUAUCUAUCUAUGUCUAUUAAUAUUGUUUUCAAAGAACUGAAGUUUUUCCCCACUAAUUGUAAUUCUCUAUGUGAGGUAUGCUUUAUAGAUGAAUAAUGCUUUAUUAUCUUUUAUUUGUUGAAUUGUUAAACUAACUGCAGCCAAUUCAUUCAGUCUGUGAUGAUGCCUCUCCCAGGUGUAAAUGCUCUGUUUUAUGGCUUUUUUAUUGGAUUUUCUUCCAUUUCACACUGUACACCAGCGUGUCCCAUACUGCUGAGUCAACAGGACAGACCACGCCACCUAACAUGACUUCUCUGAAUGAUCUACAUACUGAUUCAGAAAACUUUGGACCCCCAAGAAUCUUGUCUGUUUGCGGGGAAACUUGGAUCUAGAUGUUUUAGCUAGUCGUAGGAAACUAAAUGAACACUGUGUCGUGUUGCAGCAGUGGCCUUUCCCAGAGCUCUUAGUUACGUUGUAUGUUGUUUUUUUUCAUGUUGCUGCCAGUGAGUUUGGGUAAAUGAUCAUUAUUUUUAGCUGUGUGCGUCAUUUUAAUUGCUAUUCAGUACCAUGGUUUUGCCCACAAAGUACUAUAGUGUCCUGAAGAAAUGAGCAGAACAGUAUUAAACUUCUUCUCAGAUCUAAACUUUUAUCUUCGUCAUUUAUGCUACAUCUUUGGUUCUGUGAUCUAAAGCUUUUUCAUAGAAAUAUUGUUUUGACAGGCAGGUUUUAGUUCUGAGUCUGCAGGUGCUGAUAUUUUUCUGUACGUGGCAUUGUGGCUGCUUUGGUUGUGAAGGAGCUGUCCCUAAAAUGUCUGUUCACAAAUGUAGAAAACCUCCAUAUGUGUCAAGUUUACAUACGAGGUGACCUCUGAUCCUGGCUGUCUCCUGUGCCUUGCUGUUGUUUAUGUGUGUUAUGAAAAGGCCUUAAAAAUGCCCAGCGGGUCAGUUCAAAAGAUAAAUACUGAUGCUGUCCAGUCAGAUGUGUGGCUACCUCAGAAAUACUUUUUUAUCUCGGAGUGUGCUCUGUUGUAUGAUGUCAUUAUGGCUCUGUGAUUUAUUGUGAGAAGAUGUCUUCUUCUGCUUCUGACAUUAACAAAGCACUGUUACAACAAGUAAUCUUGGCUUUGUAAAAGGAAAAGCUUUCAAGUAAAGAGAAUUAAAAGAUUAAAACUAA